UAUACCGUAGAAAAGCUGCGCAACAAUAACGAAACUGUCGUUAACUCCAAUAACGAGUUACAGAAUCGCAGCACAGGAUGGUCACUGCGGCCAUAUUGGAAUUGUGACGUCAUAGGCGAGAAGUACCACUGAGAAUUCUUGCGUGCCAUUUCAAAAUAAAAUUAUAUUCCUCCAAAACAAGACAUGAAAUGGCUUCAGCACACUUGUAAAAAGUUCCGAAUUCUCCCCUUUUGCUUCAACAGUUAAUACAGCCUAAAAUGGGCUAUGAAAAGAGGUCUAUUCAUGCGAGAAAACGCGUGGUCGAACAGCUGAUAAAACUAGUAGAAAUUAUAUUCCCACACAUCGCAUUUCACAAAAAACAUUUUCCUGAUGAAUUUGUGACUGGAAAAAGUGAAACUGGCUGGAUGACAGGCGAGAUAUUUUAUUCAUACGUUAUAUCAGUGCAUGAAGAAUAAUAUACAGUUCCCCAUUAUAUUAUAUGUGAAUGGACAUAGUUCACAUUUAACUAAGGCCUUGAGUGAUUUUUGCUGCAGUCAUAGAAUAGAAUUUGUUGCCUUAUUUCCCAAUGUAACUAAUGUGAUGCAACCGAUGGAUGUUGCACUGUUCCAUCCCCUGAAAACAACUUACAGAGAUGCAGUUCGUACUUGGCGAAUGGAAAAUAAUGGUCAACAAUUAAGCAAAGUUUUCUUUCCAAUUGUACUUAAAACUGCUUUAUAUUUAUUGGACAUUCAGACAAUUUUCAAAAAUGGUUUUAAAAGAUGUGGACUUUCUCCUUUUUCUGAAGAUGGCCUAGAUUAUAGUAAAUUAAUGAAAAGUAGUAAAACCAAUGACACCAGUAAUCAACAUGAACAAGAAGAGGUCAAUAAAGAAAUCUCAUCGCAAGAAAAUAUGAAUUUUGUUGAAAAAAAUAUUAAUUCUGAUAUUUUGGGAGAGUUUAAAAAUAAUUAUUCUAAUGAAUGGACAGGUGCAGUAGAAUAUAAAGAACUGUACAAUUUUUGGAUACACUGUAAAAGCAAUGCAAUUACUGAGUCAAGUAAUCCAGAAAAUAGUUAUCAGAGUAAGAAUGAUAAUUUUGAAAUUGAAAAUUAUGUAUUUGCAAACACCAGUGAAGCAGUAGUCAAUGUAACCACGAUCAGUCAAAUGGAACUCGAAAUUGCUAUGGGUGCAUUUGAUGUCAUCAACGUCAGCAAUUGUACGGUCGUUGAUGACCACUCUGGUUUCGCUGGUGUAACACAAAACCUUUCCAGUGAUGAACUUGAUAACAGCGUAAUUGUCAUCGAUAAAGUUAGAAUGGAUGGAAAAGACUUCAACACAGACAUAAUUGCCUCCGAAUCCAUUACAGUCAACAAAAUAGCUAUCGACAAGCCGGAAGAGAAUCAUAAUGAAAUUCGUUCAUUUGUAAUUGACAGGUUCUGUUCGGAGUGAUAGCAAUGAUAUAAUUUUAAACCAUGACAGCUUGGAUCAUGAUAGUACGAACAAUAACUCUAACUUCGAAAAGGCUGCACUGACAUCUGUCCAAGUACAUCAACAGUUUCUAAACCUACUUCAAAUAUUCUUAAUACAAGUAAAUGUGAAUACGAAGUUCCUAAAACUAAUAUCGAUAGUUCUACUGCAUAGUCAAUAUUUGGAGGGUAUCUCUUUUAUCCAGAGACAAAUAAAAGGAAUAACUCCAAAAAGAAAAGAAAUAAGGAGAAACUUCCAUAUGUAGCUACUGGUCCAGAAUGGAGAGAGUGGCACGAACUAAAAAAAAAAGCAAGAACUAUAACAAAAGAAGGCCAAUAUGAAAAAUUUAAAAGAAGAAAAAAUAAGAGUAAAGUAGGAAUUACUAGAAGAUCUAAAAAAAAAUUAAACCUAAAAAGAUCAGUGUUUUGAAACAACUUAAAGAAUUACAAUUGAGAAUACAAAAAAAUAAAACAGAAGAAAAAUUAUUAAGAUUACAAUUGAAAAGCAAAGAAUUUGAGGAUACAGAUUCGUUGCUAGAAAAAGAAUUAAAAAAUCUAAAAGAAAACAUCGAAAAAGAUUUAAUUCUUAAUUAAAUAAUUCUUAAUCUUAAACAAGAUUUACUACAAACAAAAGAAAAUUUUUUGCAACAAGAAAAACAUUAAAGCUCAGCAAAACAAUAAUAAAGAUCCUUUAAAACCUAUAAAUUAAACUUGAUGUUCUGAAUUCAGUUUAUAGGUACCAAAGGCUCUUUAUUACUGUUCGUUACUAUGUAAAAGUUGUUUUUGUUCUGUGAUAGUCGAUCGUUUCCAUUACAAAUAUUUUAUUUCAAAUAUUUAUGUUCAUAAUGUUACACAAUAUUUGCCAUGUUGUACUUAAUAAAACAAUUA